UACAGCGAGCAGUUUUCCGAUUUAGAUGAACAGUAAACACACAGUGUUCACAAUGUGGCCAAAAUUAAAACUGUGUCAACUUCCAUGGUUAUUGUGAUGGUUUGGUUGUCCAAGUGUUGUGUUCAUUGUGAACCAAAGGUUAACAUGUUAAAAUAAAGCUUUACAAUGGAUGUUAAAAUUGUUCAAAAAAGGAUGUUUGAUCUAAUUGCUUAAAGAUGGAAAUAAAUUGGUGGACAGAAUAGAGGUGGUUUGUUGGGUUUUAAACUCUUAAUGGAAUAUUCUUUUGUUAAACAAAGCCCAGCGUAUCAUGUAGACUCUCAGACACACUACUAAUGACUGGGUACUGUGGACAGCUGGCUGGUUCCCGCUCGCAAGUCUUAGUGGAAACAUGAGCCCGCCUGUCUGUCAGGGGAACCGGCUCAAGGAGCUUCUCUUGAUCGUCGCAAGCACGUUCAUCGUUAGCGCAAACAGUAUAAUUCCACAUUUCCUGACCGAGCCAGCCUCAGCAGUUAUUUCUCCGAAUGCUUCAGCCACGUUGUCAUGCAGCGUGUUUCCCCAGGGCUCCAGUAUCAGCUGGACCUUCAACAACAAGGUCAUUGACAACAACAGCCCCUUCAAGGUCACAAGUUCGGGUCUCGUUUUGCCAAGGUUGCCAGAGACAGAGAAGGAGGCAGUAUUUCAGUGUCUUGCCAUUACAACGUGGGGAACUAUCAUCAGUAGCCGUGCACAUAUUUCUUUAGCAGUAUUACACAGAUUUGAAGACCGCAAAGAGCUCUAUUUCAACGUGUCGUCAGGUUCAAAUGUUCUGUUACCAUGCCAACCCCCUGAGAGUCGACCCCCAGCCAUGAUCAUGUUCCGCCACAACCAGUCCAAAAUCUACAGCAAUGACACAGAUCGCUUCAAGAUCCUGCCAUCAGGGAACCUUCAGAUUCUGCGUGUGACCCCUGCAGAUCAGGGUCAGUACGAGUGCAUGGCGGAGAACAAGCUCCGGGGCAGCACCAGAGUGGCCAAGCACCGCAUUCACCUGCACGUGAUCACCACAGAAGUCCCAAGCCAGGAGCCAGCAGUGAUCAUGCCCCGGACGGAGUUUCAGGCAACUGUGGGUGACAAUGUGAUCAUUGAGUGCUCGGCUACGGGUAACCCACAGCCAAAAAUCACCUGGGAGAAAUACGGAGGGUCUCUGCUGCCCGGCCGAUACAGACAAAACUAUGGCAACCUGUACCUUGACAAUGUGACAGUGGAGGACGAGGGCACGUACAUCUGCAAGGCGAACAACGGUCUUAACGCUCUCCAGAGGGAGGGGCUCAAGGUCCUGACGCUCAACGUGUCUGAACCACCCACUAUUGUUGUGAAGCAGGUGGAGGUCAAUGUGAGCCUGGGAGGUCGCAUCAAAUUGGUGUGUGCCGUAACAGGUCGACCCGAGCCCCAUGUGACCUGGUACCACAAUGGGAAAUUCCUCCAGUCCUUCUCAGGAAGAAAUCGUCUGUACGUUCCACAUGCGGAUGUUUCCAGUAAAGGCAUGUACCAGUGCUUUGCUGACAACCGUGCGGGAAUGGUACAUGCAGAAAUCCUUGUCAAUGUGGACAUCACACAAAGGGACACAGGCACUCUAUCUGACCCAUACCAGAAUGUUACAAAGACACUUGAUGAAAUGAUGGAUGCAAAUCAAACUUCUGCUGGUCAGAAGAAUAACAAACAACGCCACAAGGGCAAACAAAAGAAGCGGAAAGAGACGAAAAUAGGUCGACGAAAAGGGGAGAACACUAGGAAUCUUGUCCCUGCAAAGCUAGUCCCGCCCAGUGCCCCUGAGGUGAAGCAGCUGUCUGACUCCUCCGUGAUGCUCAACUGGACCGUGCCGGACAACGAGGGCCCUCAGGUUGUCUUCUUCAGGGUCCAGUACAAAAAGGUCAGCCCCAAAUCAAACCCGAAAGAGAAUCGCUGGAAGACGCCAGAUAUUGAGAUUGACAGCCAUGUUCGGACCUUUGAAGUGUCCGGAUUGAAACCUCGAUCGACAUACAAGUUUCGAAUAGCAGCUGUUUAUUCCAAUAACAACAAUGCCCACUCGCCAAACUCAGAGCGGUUUGAGAUGCAGAUGGGAAGACCCCCUCAGUCAAAGCCACCCACCAACAGUCCAAUCAUCGUCGAGUUGAUUCCCAUAGAAUUCCAGAGCAAAUACGGUCUCAAUGUUGUGUGGCAGUAUCACGCAUCAGAAGACGCCAAAGCGUCGUCGCCUAUCGAGGGUUUCUACAUCCACUACCGUCCAUAUCACACGGUGGACCCCUUUCUCAAUGUGACCCUACUUGAGCCCAGCGUGCGCUCACAUCUACUGAAGGACCUACUGCCAGGAACCGAAUACCUCAUACGAAUGCAAUCAUUCAACGCUGCGGGCAAUAGCUCCUUCAGUAAUGAAGCUGUCAAGAAAACAUUGGGUACCAGCCUGCAAACACCUCAUCCUAUCGUUAUACACAUCGUCACGACCCCUGGGCAAACGAUGCCCGACGACAACGAUGAUGACAAUGAUGGCAACGACAGCGACCGUCGAGUGUCUGGUCCAAACGCGAAGGCAUCAAACAGCGAGAUGCUGUACAUGGUGCUGGGUAUCGUUCUGGGUGUGAUAAUGCUGCUGUCCGUCGUGUUCAUGUGCAUGUGCUGGUGGAAACAAAGGCAGCAGGGCCAGCAGAGACGCAUGAUGGACGCCAUGCAGAAUGAAGCAGCACAGCGGGGUAAAUACAUUGAUCCAAACCAAAGAAUAUACUCGGACAGUCUGAGCAAGAAGAUGAUGAACGGGGGUCUCAAUGGGAUGAAUGGUACUGUGGUGAAUGGCUACGUACCGGGCAACAACUACCACAAGAUGAACAUCAAUGUCAACCCUCUGUCGGAGAUGGAGACUCUUCAUGGCGAUGAUAGCCUUAAUCAUUAUACCUCUACUUCAUUUCAUACAAAUGGGACUUUCCCCUCCAUUCAUCGGACUAGUGAUAAUAAUUGCAAUAAUAUUAACCAAUCAAAAAGCCUUCAGAGCUCACUGCAGCAUUUGAACCAGCACCAACGCUGUGUGCCUGUUGAAGGUGACAGUGAGGCUAUGGGUGGCGGGGAGUCCAUGGCUAAUCCACCCAGUCCUCUGUGUAAUAAUAAAGUGCCAAUACAUUGUAAUACUGAGGCGCAUGAUGGACGCUCGUUAUCUAGUAGAUCAUGUGACCAUCGAUCAUGUGACACGGGUGACAGUUCGUACGAGGAUACGGGUGGUUUAAAUAGUGGUCGCCAUCGGAAACGGCGGCGGCGAACGCAUUACAAGGAACAGUCUACAAAGGAUCAGGCCACAAAUACAGAUCUGAGUAGCAAUGAUGGGACGAUGGAGCUGGCUGAGUACAACAAGUCUAUCUCCUCCUCCCAAGAGUCCGGUCAGAUGGUGGACCCCUCACCGGCGUCGAUAUUAGAUGGCGGCAGUCCAAGUCCGGGAUCCAGUCCCGUAUGACAAACAUAGGGCCUUUGUUCCUUACGCUGUAUUGAACCAGAGAGACACUUUGUGGGCCCCUCAUACCAUUACGUUAUUAGUAAUGUAAUUUUUGAAGUGCAUUUGGAGAUAAUACAGACGUUUGAAGUUUUGAAGAAGUCUGCAAUAUUUAAUUGUUUUUAUUAGUGAGAAACGAGAAUUUUUAAUAGCAUCUGUGGUUAAUAUUUGAAGCUGAAGUGCUAUAUUGUCAUAAUGUAUACAUGUUUCUGUCAUAAUGUACUCCUUUAUGAUGUCCCUCAGGUAUUCGUUACAAUAGACCUGUGUAGUUCAAUCAGUGAAAUGUUGGCUAGAAUUUUUAACCCAGUAUAUUUGGUAAAUAUUUUUUCGUUUUUGUGUAAAGUGUUAAUCUUAUUGUAGGCAAUAUAUUAAUUUACCAUACAUAUAAAAAAAAUAACUUUGUUAAAUUAUCAGCUUUCAUACUCUCAAACCAGAAAGUUUCAUAUGUUUAGUUUUUUCAAUAAUAUUGGUAAUACAAUAUUACUUUAUAUUAAUAAUAUUUUAUAUCAGCAAUAUAAGCUGGUUGCAACUGUUUACUCCUGUCUAGAAGGUACUGAACUUAUUGUAGACAAAUUAUAGCUGGUCAAAAAAGGUUACGACUGGUUUGCAACACAUAGAUGCUUUCUAUUGUGAUAUCUGUGUACACCAAAUAUUACAUUGACACAAUUAUCCGUUGUUUGAUGAGGGUUAGGUAUAAAAAUGAUGAAUUCAACCAUUAAAACCAUUGUGCUAUGUGUUUUCAAUGCACUUAUUAUGUUUCUUUUUCACUUAUAAAGAAAAAAUAUACCCCUGCAUGAUUCAAUGACUCAUGUUAAAAUGUUUAGAGUAGAAAAAAACUCAUUUAAAGACAAACGUGUAUAUUCUGACUUGAAAUAUUUGUCAAUUGGAAGAGACAGUAACAAUAUUUUAGGCAUAAUAUUAUUUUCCCACUCUUGGUAGACAGUCAUGUUCACUUAGAAUUUACAAACAUUUUAAAUGUAGAUCAUUGGGAUACAAUAUUAGUUCUGUGUAUAUAAAUAUUUGGAGGUAUGGAGGUACAAUGUCUUGAACGCUUGCGGGCUGAUUAGUUUUAAUCCAUAAAAUGCUAAUGAACACUGGCUUUUUGUCAAUCCAUACUUGUUCCUGCGACCAAAUUGUUUCACAUUUCAUUUCAAAAGUAAAGGAAACAUUUCAUUUGCUUCAAAUAUUCUACAGAUUUUAUGACAUUAUCUGUUUAUUGUUUAAUUCCCGAAGCAGAGUCUUAAAUGCAACAUUUCUGCUCUUGCAAUUUAUCAAAUAAGGCAGAAUGGUCAUUUCAGUUUGUGUUGCCUUUGUGUAUUAUGUACUAACCGAUAAAAGGGUAAAGCUGUGUACACAGCAAGGGUAUAGUUUAUAAUUAUGUUGUUUUAAUGUCUUUUAAAACGAGAAUCUAUUGUAAGUGAUUUGUUGUUAAAUUAUAUUUUGUUGUGAAUGUAUUUUAUGAUGAUACAUGAACUGUGUUUCUUUGCUGUAUUAAAAACUCAUUGGUAAUUGCUACUGGCAUAGUAACCAUAGGCGUUGAUCACUAUCAUGCAAGCUUAAUUUUACCAAAUUUCUUUCCUUUAAUAAAAUUGGGUUUUAAAUUGAUCAUUUUGAUUCUGCAUCAGAAUGAUACAUAAAUAUAAUACAAACUUGAUUUUUAUUUAAGCGUAUGACAAAGCCAACAUAUUCUUUUCCUUGUUUUUAUGCCCCCGGAUCGAAUGAUCGGGGGUAUAUUGUUUUUGGCCUGUCUGUCUGUCUGUCCUUGUAUGUGUCUGUCUGUCAUUGUUUGUGUCCCAAAACUUUAACCUUGGUCAUAACUUUUGCAAUAUUGAUGAUAGCAACUUGAUAUUUGGCAUGCAUGUGUAUCUCAUGGAGCUGCACAUUUUAAGUGGUGAAAGGUCAAGGUCAUCCUUCAAGGUCAAAGGUAAAAAAAAAAUCAAAGCGGCACAUUAGGGGGCAUUGUGUUUCUUACAUCUCUUGUUGUUUUUUUUAAUCUUUCCAGUUAAUUAACUUGCAUUAAAAAAAGCAAUUGUGCAAGGCUAUGUCUGGAAAGGACAUGUUCAUAAAAAAUGGUUGAUUAAAUGGGCAGCUAUAUGUGGCAUAAUUUCAAAGAUGUAUUUGUCAUAAAAAUAAAUUGCAAUGCUUCCUAUUUGUUUUGUCAUAAUACAGUGGGGUGUUGCCUCUUCAAUUACAACAUAAUUUUACGCAAUGUUUUAAAAAACAAACAUCAUCAGUGUUAUUUUUGUACAAAUUCUUCUUGUGUUGUCAUGUGAAAUGUACACACACCCAAAAAUUCAGUAUUAUAUGUCCAUUACUGGGUCAGCUGUAUCCAUAGAAAUAUAUUUUUGUCACUAUGAUUUCAAGUGCAUUCAAGAUUUGCAUCUUGUUUCCCAUUUUUCUUCUUUUUUCAAUCUCCUUGAUUGUAAAUGAUUGAAAAAGAUCAGAAAUUUUAUAUAGAAUUGAAUUCCUUUUGUAUCAAAAAUAUGUUUUCAUGGCAACUAAUUUGACCCAAUGUGAUGUCGUGUGUUUCCAUGACAAUGUAAAGAUCGCAUCACUACUUCAUGGCUUUGAAGUUCAUGUUGAAAUUUGACAAAUGUGAUAUAUUUUUGUAAGAUAAAUGAUGGAAGCAUGUGUUUUGUGGGAGAUGUGUGUAAGAAUGAAAGAAAAACUCUAGGCACUAGGUCAUUGAAGUCGCUAUUGGCAAUACUUCAAAUUUCAAUUGUCUUUAAAAAAAAUGUGAGUAAAUUAUUGCCUUAAUUAUUAAAGUAAAAGAGAAUAUUAACAAAUACAAUGACUGUUUGGUUUCACAUUUUCUGUAAAAUAAUAGAAAAAUUAAGUCAAAACCACAUUUUGUUGGUAAAUGCUAGUAACUUACUUAUACGAGGGCUGUUCCAUAAAUUCUCUUAUAACUUGCUUUCUUAAACAUUUGAAUUUGGUUUAGAUGGUGUAGUGAUCCAUCAAACUGUUAUUUUUGGAAGUUUGUGUGAACUUGUGAGAUUAAUGAACACUUGAACACUGGCAUCUGGAUGUUAAUAUGGUUGAUUGAUGUAAUUUUCAUCUUACAUAAUCUUUCUCUGGCAAUUGUUCCGUUCAUAUUUUGUAUUAAGUUUUGGCCAGUAUAAUUAAUGUGAGCGGUCUAUGGAGAACCUAUCUUAAUGCAUAUGUUUAAACUGUCCACCCAGAUAUCCCUGUGUUGCCCGCACAGGCUUAUUUUGGUCGACACUUUCUGCCUUGACUAAAUGUUUGUUUAGAAGAGAAUUUUUUCAUUGAAAGUUUCCAGAAAAGUGCAAAAAGUCAUCCCUGAUUUGCCAGUGAAGAACAGGCUGAAAUUGGAGAAUACUUUAUGGACAUGCAUAAAGCCCUGUUUUUCUAGAACACAACUACUGAUGUAUUGACUUGGAUAUUAGUCAUAUGUACAUAAUUAUGCUAAUAUGCAAGUACAGUACACUUGUACUUCAUAAGCUGUUAAGAAUAUUAUUCCUAUGUAUUAUCAAGUUCAAAGCGAUCAGUUAACAAAUAUAUAUAUGGUUAAAAGUGGUUUAAAAAUAAUUUUAUUAAGAGUGUCAGAUUAUCUUGUAUUGAAUUGUGUAAUAUUUAUCUUUAAUCUAUUAUUUAAAAGGAUCUGUUUAAGUUUUGUUCACUCUAAUGUAAAUUCUCUGUAUUAUUAAGAUACAUACUUCCUUGUUAAGAAAGUAUAUUUUAAGUUAUAAUCUUUGGAGGGAAUGCUAUUUUUGUGUGAAAGUUUCCAAGACACCAAAGACAUAAUAUUUAUACUUAGUUAUUCUUGGCUGUGUGUAUGUGUGGAUGGACAGUAGAAAACCAAUGUUUAGAUGGUUACCAUAAAUGUUGUCAUUAUUGAACUGAAAUGUAUAUAAAGUAAUUUAUAAUAAAUGAUGAUUAAAACAUGACCAAAACCUCUUA